CUUCAAAAACUUUUCGAUCUAUGUCGGCUUCACAUUUAGUGCCAGAAAAAUGGAUUCAGUUUCUGAGACUUCAUUGGUUGAUUAUACUUAUCGGAGUAAUCACUGAAAUUGUUAUUAUAACUGGAGUUGUUCUGUUAACAUAUUUUACGACGCAUCAUGCAGCUUGUGCAGCAGAUAAAAUAACAAGCUCUGAUUUUCAAAGAAGUAAUGUGUUCAGCUUGACAAGUGACUCAACUAAUUCAGAGGCUUUAUCAAGUUCGACUACAAACAUACCGAUGACAACUUUCAGCACAAAUGAAGCUUCAUCUUCAACCAAACUGUUGUCAACCUCCAGCACAGCGGAGAUUUCAUCUACAACUAGAACGGUGUCAAGAUCCAUUAAACCUGAGACAUCUACCGCUUCGACUACAAUCAGACCCCUGACCACUACCACCACACCUGCACCUUCCAACAACGUUGGCUGCACCUUUGGCUUCAACUACAUCAAUGGCAAAUGUUGGCGAUUAGUCACUAGUCUACAGACACGAGACAAUGCUGAUUUCGAUUGUAUGAGAGAAGGAGGUUCCACACUUUUCUCAAUUAGGAAUGAGCAGGAAAAUAAUGCAACUCUUGAUUUUGUGUCAAACAGUGGGGUUGCCUACAUUUGGACCGGGUUGAUUUGUAAUGCAAAUACUUCUUCUUCGUGUACUUGGGAUCUGAAGAGUGGGUCCGCGGCAAACUAUGACAACUUCGCAAAAGGCUUUCCCAACAAGACCAUUGGGGACUGCGUUUACUUCAUCGCAAAUGGAACAGAAGCUGGACACUGGAAAAGUAGCGCAUGCAAUCAGACAAUGAGUUAUGUGUGUGAACUACCUCCAACUAUUCAUGAUGAUAAUUGCGAUAACAAUUAUAACAAUAAUUGUUACGUACGCUACGAUAAGUCGUCCACCAUUGCUGAUGCUCAGGAGUUUUGCAAAACAAAGCACGGCGGCAACCUUGUUUCAAUCAAUUCGGCCAAUGAAAAUCGUUAUGUUCAAACUUUAUACUACGUGAGUGGAUAUAUUCCACUGGGUGCAGUGGUUCCAAACUACAACGUCAUAUAUUGGAUGGAUGGAUCACCAGCGACAUAUAAUAAUAUUCUAUAUUAUACGAAUGGAACUUGUCUGUUUUUGAAUUUUUCAUGGGGAGGCAGUGGUGAUUUCUGGGAAACUGUCGAAUGCACUGAUAAAUCAUGGUUUCUGUGUAAAUGGCCCAUUGGAAUUGAUUAUGCACAGUGA